GUGGGGGGGUAGAUAAAUGUAAUUUCUGUUGCAUCUGACCUUCAGCCCUCUGACGAGCCCAGUCCACAGCAGCUCCUUACAGGAAGUCUACAUGAGCGAGAAAGCAGAAGUUAUCUAGAGUGUUUUUUUCUUUUUUAGAAAAGUUGUGAGUGUGUCAGUCUCAGCAUGGCCGGGGGCUCGGUGUCUGAGUGUAAGGAGUACUUGUUCAAAGUGCUGGUGAUCGGGGAAUUAGGCGUCGGGAAAACCAGCAUCAUCAAACGCUACGUGCACCAGCUUUUUUCGCAGCACUACAGGGCGACGAUCGGGGUCGACUUUGCACUUAAAGUUAUCAAUUGGGACAGCAAAACGCUGGUGCGGUUACAGCUGUGGGACAUCGCAGGUCAGGAGCGAUUUGGGAACAUGACGCGGGUGUACUACAAAGAGGCUGUGGGGGCAUUCGUGGUCUUCGAUGUGACAAGAGGUUCCACGUUUGAGGCUGUAUCUAAGUGGAAGCAUGACCUGGACAGCAAAGUGAAACUGGCUAAUGGCAACCCUAUACCCUCAGUGCUGCUCGCCAAUAAAUGUGACCAGAAGAAAGAGAGCACCAACAACAUGGCCCUAAUGGACAAUUUCUGCAAAGAGACUGGCUUUCUCGGUUGGUUUGAAACCUCGGCCAAGGACAACAUCAACGUGGACGAGGCAGCACGUUUCCUGGUAGAGAAUAUCUUGGCUAAUGACAAAGGUUUGCCGUAUGAGGAGAGCAAUGGAGACCGGAUCAAACUGGACCAGGAGACUGUGGCUGCAGAGAGCAAAUCAGGCUGCUGCUAACACUCAAUCGAUUCUCAUUAGCCAACCCAUGCACCCAGCAUGUGGCACCAGCCCUCUACUGUAGCCUCGGGGAGGAAUGUAAAUUUUGGGUUCUUCAAAGAUCUAGGAUCUUCUCCUCUCUGCACUGAUGCCCAUCUGACCUGCACAUGAAAGUUUUCAUUGUAGCUUCCCCAAGGCCAGAAUAGAAGCCUAAUUUUAUCUUGAUAGUCUCCUGAAUAUUUUCAGUUUCUAUCAUGCUGUUUCCUUCUUUGUCCCUCACUUUCAAACCACAGGAUCUUUAUUAUUGUGUCUUUCUCAGCACACUUUUCCCUGACUGUAUAUUCCACCACAAACUUCCACACUCAAACCCCUGUUGCCUCAACAGCCUCUGAAGCCCUGGACUGUACCACACCUGACAAAGGGUGCAAACUAAGCAGAAUGUUGAAACAGACAAGCAAGGCAACAACCUGUAGCCUCCUGAUUUCUCAAUCUGCCACUUUGGUCUAUUCUCUGUCUGUAGCCUUUUAUUUGUGUUGGUGUCAUUCACCAUUUGUCCGUGAAACAAGUCACUUUAGUGUUGAGUGCUUCUGCAGGUUUUCUUCAGUUAAAAUACCAGAUGCCCCUUUAACAGUAAUUUUACAGCACGCUCAUGUUCGUGUCUCCAACUAUUCUCAUAUUAGACUACUGUGUAAAAAGUAAGCAAAUGGGCAUCACAGUUAAGCAUUAUCAAAGUGUGAUUGUAUUUUAUAUUGCUGUAAAAAGUGUUGUCUUUAUGCUACAUUUUCUCUGACAUAAUGUGCCAUAAUACAGUUUUUUUUCUUAUUUUAAUAAGAGUAUGGGUUAACCCUUUUGUUGUUCACUCAAACAGUUACAAGGACACAGACGGUCAAUACAGUAUUUCAAAAACUCUAAUAAUGGUACAAUGUGAGGCACUGAAAAGUCUUUGUUUGAUUGUCUGUCCAAUGGUAUGAACAUUUAGAUCUGAUUCACAGUAUGUAUUUUUAAACAUGUUGGGUCAUGCAUUAUACAUCCGGUGAGAUAUCAUAAAAAACAGAAUCAAACAGAGGACUACACUCUCUUGUGCAUAGGGGUUGUAAUCUGUUAAAAUGUUAAACUGAAAUAUAAAGGAUUUUUUAACGUGGAGUUGAAAUUAAGUUUACAUGUGAAAAUACUUUAAAUCUACAAGACCUUAAUAGAAUAAACGUUUUAACAGAUGUGUGUUGGCUACUAGUGAUUGCAGCUUUUUAGACUGUCUGUGGAGGUAUGUAUUUAUCUUAUUGUUGGAAUGUGUUUAAUGCAUUUAUUGAUCUAAUAACGAUACAUUGGAGCAGUUUUGCCCAACAUGCUCCAAUGUUACUGGCUAAAAUGAAGCAUAAACCUAUUUUGUUUA